AUGGGGCUGGAGUUGGGUUUCACCUUCCCCGGCUGCCCCCGCCCGCCCGCCCGCGGCCGGAGAUGGAAAAUCCCGGAAAAGCCCGGUUGUGCCCGAGUCAGUCCCAGUCCAUCUGAAUCUGUCCCAGUCCCUCCCAGUCCAUCCCAGUCCAUCUCAAUCUGUCCCAGUCUGUCCCAGUCCAUCCCACUCUGUCCCAGUCCCUCCCAGUCCAUCUCAAUCUGUCCCAGUCUCUCCCAGUCCAUCCCACUCUGUCCCAGUUCAUCCCAGUCUGUUCCAGUCAGUCCCAGUAUGUCCCAGUGUGUCCCAGUCCAUCCCAGUCUGUCCCAGACCCUCCCAGUCAGUGCCAGUGUGUCCCAGUCCAUCCCAGACUGUCCCAGCCUGUCUCAGUCCCUCCCAGUCUGUUCCAACCAGUCCCAGUCUCUCCCAGUCCAUCCCGGUCUGUCCCAGUGCUUCCCAUCCUGUCCCAGUCAGUCCCAGUCGAUCCCAGUCCCCCCCAGUCCAUCCCAGUCCAUCCCAGUCCCCCCUAGUCCAUCCCACUCUGUCCCAGUCCAUCCCAGUCCCUCCCAGUCCGUCCCAGUCUGUUCCAGUCAAUCCCAGUGUGUCCCAGUCCCUCCCAGUCCAUCUCAGUCCCUCCCAGCCUAUCCCAGUCCAUCCCUAUCUGUCCCAUGCCUCCCAGUCUGUCCCAGUGUGCCCUAG